UAUCAAAUUUGCUUUGCGCUGCAUCGAGACCGAGAAUUAAAGACUUGAAAGCAGCUGGAGAAAUUACAAGAAAUUGAUCCCCGAAAAUUACUGGCAAUCGCGAACAGCGGGCGUGUGUGUGUGUGUGCGUGCGCGCGAGAGCGAGAGAAUAAGUGAACGAAACAGAACGAGCACAGAAAUUACACAAGUUGUAAAAGAAAAGGUGAAGAAAAAAGUUGGUCGAGACCGAAUAUUGAUUUUUUCAUAGACGGUGCAGUUAAAACAACGGUCUCUUUUUGUUAGCCAAAAAGAAGGCGUUGGGAAAAGCGGUAGUAGUUUUUAUCUCAAUUUUGAGGCCUACAGAAGAAUAGAAGAAAAAGCAACGGAAAGCGUCAGCCUUGUUUAUAAAAAACUCGAAAACAGAAACGCACCCACACACCGACACUUGCAUGCACAGUGGAACACUCAGUUCUAACUAUCAGAAAAGAAUAAAUAAAAAACAAAGCACGCCAGGCUAAGUACUUAAGCGAGAAAUUCGAGCAAAGCCGAAAGAUAACUAGCCGGUUAACAAAUAAAUCAGAAAUCUAGCGAAAGACCCAAAAAAGCAUGCCACAGUCAGAGGGCGGCUAUGUAUCGCUGCCGGCCGUCAAUGGCAAUGGCGGCGCCAUCUAUCAGUCGACCACAGAGCCCACGGCCCCGCCCUCCGUCUUCGCGAGCGUGAAGCGGGCCAUUGGCCAGGCCAUCAAGUCCUCGCCCACCGACAGCGAGGAGCUGCUCCGCUCGGACCGCCUGCCGGUCAUCGUCGGCGGCUCCAGAAUCUCUUUCAGAGACCGCGACAAAUCCGGUAAGACACUGACCACCAAGAUGCCGUCAGCUCCAACACACACUGCCGAGGAGGCACACCUGCUGGGCACCAUGCCCGUUGAUCCCAUGGAUGACAUCGAACUGCGCUCCGUGCAGCUGCAAUUCCCCAAUGCCCGCGGCUCCAUCCUGGAGGCCUGCGAACAGCGACGCGUGCCCACAGACAAGGGCGAUGUCCACGUGGCCAUACAGGGCGAUACGGCCAAGCCGGCCAUCAUCACCUACCACGAUUUGGGCCUCAACUACGCCACCAGCUUUGCUGGCUUUUUCAAUUUUCCAGUGAUGCGAGGUCUGCUGGAGAACUUCUGUGUUUACCAUGUGACUGCUCCUGGCCAGGAGGAGGGUGCACCCACUUUGCCAGAGGAUUACGUGUAUCCGACCAUGGAUGAUCUGGCCGCCCAGCUGCUUUUCGUGCUAUCCCACUUUGGCCUGAAGUCGGUGAUUGGUUUCGGCGUUGGUGCCGGGGCGAAUAUUCUGGCCCGUUUCGCUCACGCCCAUCCGGACAAGGUGGGCGCCCUGUGCCUGAUCAACUGCGUGUCCACGCAGUCGGGCUGGAUCGAGUGGGGCUACCAGAGCUUCAAUGCGCGCUUUUUGCGCACCAAGGGCAUGACACAGGGCGUGAUCGAUUAUCUGAUGUGGCACCACUUCGGACGCAAUCCGGAGGAGCGCAAUCACGACCUGGUGCAGAUGUACAAGCAGCACUUCGAGCGUGGCGUUAAUCCGACCAACCUGGCCAUGCUGAUCAACGCGUACAUCCAUCGCAACGACCUGCAUCUGGCGCGCACUCCGCCAGGUACUCCGGGCAGCGAAACGGCGGCCACCACGCUGAAGAUGCCGGUGAUCAAUAUCACGGGUUCGCUCUCGCCGCACGUCGACGACACGGUGACCUUCAAUGGCCGUCUAGACCCCACAAACUCAUCGUGGAUGAAGAUUUCCGAUUGCGCUUUGGUGCUGGAGGAGCAGCCGGCUAAGCUGGCCGAGGCCUUCCGGCUCUUCUUGCAGGGCGAGGGCUACGCAACGCCGCUGUCCACGCCAGCGAGUUCGCCCUGUGGAACUAAAUACCACACCUACUCCUCCAUCUUCUUUGCCAACUUCCGGGAGCAGCAGCAGCAGGCGAUGGAGGAGCGCGAUCGUGAGCGGGAAAGGGAGCGGGAUCGCCAGCGGCAGCUGAGCCUUCGCGUGGGCAAUCGCCUCCGGGAGACGGCCAUCAAUUGCACCAACAGCAACUCCAACACCACCGCCGGCCAGGGGGACAAUAAUAAUGCGGAUGGUCGCAGCGUCGACGGGGACGAUCUGGAUCUGGAGAACGGAAACGGAUGUGCCGGCGGCAGCGGAACAGGAACCGGAAAUGGCAACCGAGCCUACGUGACCACGGACACAUCGGGCACGCUUUACUACGGCACCCAGAGCAACAAGAUACGCAUCACAGAGAACCCACUGCCCGAGCCGGUCAGCUCUUAGAUUGUUACUGCAGAGUCCACAUAAUCUCCAAAAGACACCUUGUUAUUGUUGUUACCACACACUGAGAAAAAAUAAAGCAGCAGCAGCAGCCAAGUCAAGCCAAGCUUUCAGCCGUGCUCCAAGAGACACAAAGCCACAGAAACUCAAAGAAUAAUAAUAUUAUGAAAUACAAGCAACUCACACACCGCUAGGAAAUGAAUGCGAAUGCAAUAAUUAACCACCAAAUGAGAACCCAUUGAUUGAUUGAUUGAUUGAUUGGUUGAUUGAUUGUGUUUCCCUAUAGUUUUCGAGACGCGGAGAGAUAUUUGUAAUUUACACUUUGUGCCUGAGCGUAACGUAACGAACAUACACGUAUAUAUAUCAAGCCAGAUCGGUUCUGAUCAGCAACAGCAGUUUAGUUUUCUAUGCCCAAUUGGUUACCUUUUUUUUUGAAGUGCAACACAUAUUUUAUGACGAGCUUGCUUAGUUGUUGUAAACCGAACAAUAUACAAAAUAUAUACAUAUGUGUAUACAGAUGACACAAAAAGAACAAAAACUAAAAACUAACGAGCAUUCUCGCUUAAUGUUAAAACCUAAAACGAAUCCAACUGUUAACUUAAUCCCAAAAAUAACAAUGUAGCAUAUCAAAUAACAAACGAAAAAUCUCUCAAAAUUACGUAUAUACUUAUACAAAACCCUAGAUAAAUCGUAGACAACUGCGAAUUGCGAGUAACUUCAACCAACAUUCUGUUCACAAUGAAUGAGGAAUAAACCCUAGACACAGGACACUGUCACAAAAACAGGAUACACACACACACACACACGAUAUGAAUAUAGAAUACAUACAUAUAAUAUAUAUAAAUAAUGACAACUUUUUGCAAUAACUUCGAAUUCAAUUCAAUAAAAGUUUUAGAAGCUUGA